UGGUACUACGGUUGAGUAGCUUCGACUAUUUUCAGCGAUGGCGUCCAACGGAGCUAACAUGCCUGGUAUUCGAACAUGUUAUAACUGUGGACAGCCUGGUCACAUUUCCAGAUACUGUCCCCUUCCGGAUCGUAGGUUAAAUGGUGUGCAUUCUACCAGCACCGUGAUAGUUCCGACUCAACCUUUGUUGACUGUUCCGCCAGCUGGUGUCGGUACGACAGUUCCUUACUAUCCGAAUCAAUACAACGGUGGUGGUAGUGACUCUGGCCUAGGUAGGAGAGUUUCAACCUUGGAGGAGAUCGUCGACAAGAUUAAUAGCAAGCACGAAGCAGAUGAAGCUAGGGAGCGUUCACAACGAGAAGAAGAAGAGCGAAAAAACAAGGAACGGGAGGAUGAAGAACGAAGGGAGAAGGAGAGGAAGCAGCGAGAAGAAUUUCAGUCACUAAUGCAUAAAAAAAUGUCGACUAAAUUGGAUAAGGUAUGUGAUGCGGUCAACGGAAAGAAGCCGAACGAGAGUGACGAGAUCACGAAGUUGAGGGCUCGGAUUGAAGAUCUUCAGCAAGGUCUGAAGGGCAAGCAGAAGGCUAUCGAAGAUGACGAAGUGACUAAACUUCGUGCUGAAGUUGAGCGACUAAAGCGUGGGCAUGAUGUUGCUAGCACCUCGGCUACGGUUAUUAAGCCGCUCAGUGAAGCUGAAGAAUUGGCGCGCCUGUGUCGAGAGCAGGCGGAUACUCAAGCUGGCACCAACAAGAGGCUCGCGUCACUGGAGGAUGUCAUCCACGCUUUUCAGAAGCAGUGUGAACUUGCCGCGUCUAAUGUUGAGGCUUGGAGAAGAGAAGCUUUGCGCCCGGGCAACAAGAGAGGUAGCGUAGCCAUUGGACAUACACCAACUACGGAAGCUAGAGUGAGACCGAGGGUUACUCCUGCUACCUUUCCUUGUUUGGUAAAUCAGCUGAUUAAAGGAAUUGUUGAACGUCAUCUGCAGGAGGUUGAUUUGUUAAAGGAGAUGCGCUUGAGAGAAGUCGAUCCACGAAAAGAAUCUGAAGAGGAGAUUGACCGACUUAAGGAGGUCAUGGCGCGUUUGGAGACAGGAAGAAAGACGAGGAGAACGAACUCGAAGACGAGAAUGAAUGAUGCAGCGGGUCCGUCUGCAAGGAAAGAUAAGGGAGUUACAACGGCUACUCCGGCAGCUCAAGUCCACGCAUGGGACACUCACCUACGGAAGGAGAGAAGCAAACUCGAAAAUUUCAAAAAGGACGAAGUGUUUGGGAUUUGCGAAAAGAAGAAGUCGAGUACACAAGAUUAGAUCCAACAAAGGAGAAAAUUGUGC